AUGAGACAUAUCUCUGUCAAAAUACGAAUGGAGUGCGUUUCGAUUACAAAUUCACAGUGGUUUCGUUGAUCAUUUCGCGGGUGCAGCGUCAGCCUUUACGUGUUUCGUGAAACUAACUGUGACUGAGCUAACAGGAGCUAGCUCUUUCAAGCUAGCAACAACGUUAGCAGCCAGCAAGCUAACAGACAGAGGGGAGUAUCCACCAUGACAGCCAUCAAGCACGCUCUCCAGAGGGACAUCUUCACGCCCAACGACGAGCGGCUCCUCGGCAUCGUCAACGUCUGCAAGGCAGGAAAGAAAAAGAAGAACUGCUUCUUGUGUGCAACGGUUACCACCGAGAGGCCUGUCCAGGUUAAAGUGGUGAAGGUGAAGAAAUCUGACAAAGGGGACUUUUACAAGCGACAGCAGACCUGGGAGCUCCGAGACCUGACAGAAGUAGAUGCCAAAGAUGCAAGCAAGGAAAAUCCCGAAUUCGACCUUCAUUUCGAGAAGGUAUACCGGUGGCUGGCCAGCAGCACGGCUGAAAAGAACUCCUUCAUUUCCUGCAUUUGGAAGCUGAACCAGCGUUAUCUGAGGAAGAAGGUGGAGUUUGUGAAUGUCAGUUCUCAGCUGCUGGAAGAGUCGGUGCCUAGCGGUGAGAGCCAGAGCGUUGCUGGGGGUGAUGAGGAUGCACUGGACGACUACCAGGAGCUGAGUACCCGUGAGGAGCAGGACAUUGAGAGCAUGAUGGAGAUGUGCGAGUACGCCAUCUCCAAUGCUGAGGCUUUUGCAGAGCAGCUCUCCAAGGAGCUGCAGGUUUUAGACGGGGCAAACAUCCAGUCCAUCAUGGCAUCGGAGAAGCAGGUCAAUAUCCUGAUGCAGCUGCUGGAUGAGGCACUGGCAGAGGUGGACACCAUUGAGGGAAAGCUGAGCAGCUAUGAGGAGAUGCUCCAGAGUGUCAAGGAGCAGAUGGACCAGAUCUCCCAGAGCAACCGGCUCAUCCAGAUCAGCAACACCAACAAUGGCAAACUCCUGGAUGAGAUUCAGUUCUUAGUGAACUACAUGGACCUGUCAAAGGGACACAUCAGGGCCUUGCAGGAUGGAGACCUGACUUCCCCUAAAGGUAUUGAGGCCUGCAUCAACGCCUCUGAAGCUCUUCUGCAGUGCAUGAACGUGGCCCUCCGACCAGGCCAUGACAAGCUGAUGGCUGUGAAGCAGCAACAGCUCCUGUUCGCUGAGCUGAGAGACACCUUUGCUCGCCGCCUGACCAAUCAUCUCAACAAUGUGUUUGUUCACCAGGGCCAUGACCAGAGCUCCACCCUGUCCCAGCACACAGUAGAGCUGACCCUGCCCAAACACAGCCCUCUCCACAGGGACCUGCUGCGCUACGCCAAGCUCAUGGAGUGGCUGAAGAACACCCACAGGGAGAAGUACGAGGGCCUGUCAAGGACCUAUGUUGACUAUAUGAGCAGACUAUAUGAACGAGAAAUCAAAGACUUCUUUGAGGUUGCCAAGAUAAAGAUGGCGGGUACAACCAAGGAAGCAAAGGGCAAGUUUGCCACGCUUCCGCGGAAAGAAAGUGCACUCAAACAGGAAACAGAAAGCCUUCAUGGCAGCUCCGGGAAGCUGACAGGCUCUACCUCAAGCCUGAACAAGCUGACAGUGCAGGGCUCCAACAGCCGGCGUUCCCAGUCUUCCUCACUGCUGGACAUGGGCAACAUGUCCGCCUCUGACCUGGACGUGGCAGACAGGACCAAGUUUGACAAGAUAUUUGAGCAGGUCCUCAGUGAGCUGGAGCCUCUGUGUCUUGCAGAACAAGACUUCAUCAGCAAGUUCUUUAAGCUCCAGCAGCACCCGACAGUCACACCCCCCCUUGCUCAGCCUGAAACAGAGGAACCAGAUGGAGGCACGCUGUCAAGAGUGCCUCCCCAGGCAGAACACAGACACUCCUUGUCAUCAGAGAAAGACAUGGUGCGGCUGAUGAUGAACAAAAUCUUCCAGAGCAUCGAGACGGAGCUCAACAGUCUCAUCGCUCUGGGGGACAAGAUUGACAGCUUCAACUCUCUCUACAUGCUGGUGAAGAUGAGUCACCAUGUGUGGACAGCUGAGAACGUUGACCCGGCCUCAUACCUCAGCACUACUUUGGGAAACGUGCUGGUCACUGUCAAGAGGAACUUUGACAAAUGCAUUUCUGGUCAGAUCAGACAGAUGGAGGAGGUGAAGAUUUCGAAGAAAAGCAAAGUUGGUAUCCUACCUUUUGUUACCGGGUUUGAAGAGUUUGCGGAGCUGGCUGAAACAAUCUUCCGCAAUGCAGAACGCCGAGGGGAUUUGGAUAAAGCUUAUGUCAAACUUAUCACGGCCGUCUUCAUGAAUGUGGAGAAAGUAGCUAAUGAAAGCCAGAAGACGCCUCGGGACGUUGUGAUGAUGGAGAAUUUCCACCACAUCUUUUCUACACUGUCACGUCUAAAGAUCUCCUGCCUGGACGCAGAGAGACGAGAAGCCAAGCACAAAUACACAGACCACCUGCAGUCGUAUGUAAUCAACUCGCUGGGCCAGCCUCUAGAAAAACUCAAUCAUUUCUUUGAAGGAGUUGAGGCACGCGUAGCCCAGGGUGUUCGUGAGGAGGAGGUGAGCUACCAGCUUGCCUUCAACAAACAAGAGCUACGCAAAGUUAUCAAAGAGUACCCCGGCAAAGAGGUGAAAAAGGGACUCGACAACCUUUACAAGAAGGUGGAUAAACAUCUUUGUGAAGAGGAGAGUCUACUACAGGUGGUGUGGCACUCCAUGCAAGACGAGUUCAUCCGUCAGUACAAGCACUUUGAAGAUUUGAUCGGUAGAUGCUAUCCUGGAUCUGGAAUCACCAUGGAGUUUACCAUCCAGGACAUGUUGGAGUACUUCUCCAGCAUUGCUCAGUCUCAUUAGUGUAGCUGCUAUGCACCAUCAAAUAGUGAUUCACUACUGCCUAACACUGGCUGAACAUACACUAGCUAAUUACAAACUACCCUGAAUUGCUUUUUGGACUAUGAAACAUUUCCUUUAUGUGUGUCUGUGUGUUUUAAUGAAAGAGAUUUGUAUAUUCGGCGGUGUUGCAGAUAUCUCUGGAUUGUGUGUGUGCCUGUUUCUUUGAGAUAUAAUAACACUGCUCUAAAUACUUGUUAUAUUUUUAUUUCUUUAUGCCAUAUGUACAUAAUAAAUUUGCAUCUAAAAA